UGUGGGUUUAUUAUAAGGCGGAGCUCGGCGGGAGAGGUGCGGGCCAGAGGAGACAGAGCCUGGCGCAGAGGAAGGAAUCUGGCAGUCGGGAGCAGACUCCAGCCGGCGGAACCUGCAGCCCUCGCUCGGGACAGCAGCGCGCAGGGCAGGAGUCCGGGACAGCAAAGCGCAGAGCAAUCAGCAGAGCCGGCCCGGAGCUCCGUGCAACCGGCAACUUCGACCCACGUAGCCCGCCGAGCUCCCGCCGCCGGUCCGGGCAGCAUGAGACGUGCGGCGCUCUGGCUCUGGCUCUGCGCGCUGGCGCUGCGCCUGCAGCCUGCCCUCCCGCAAAUUGUGGCUGUAAAUGUGCCUCCUGAAGAUCAGGAUGGCUCUGGGGAUGACUCCGACAACUUCUCUGGCUCGGGCACAGGUGCUUUGCCAGAUAUCACUUUGUCACGGCAGACGCCUUCCACUUGGAGGGAUGUGUGGCUCCUGACAGCCACGCCCACAGCUCCAGAGCUCACCAGCAGGGAUGCCGAGGCUGCUUUCACCUCCGUCCUGCCAGCUGGAGAGAAGCCCGAGGAGGGAGAGCCUGUGCUCCAUGUAGAAGCAGAGCCUGGCUUCACUGCUCGGGACAAGGAAAAGGAGGUCACCACCGGGCACAGGGAGACCACGCAGCUCCCGAUCACCCAACGGGUCUCAACAGCCAGAGUCACCACAGACCAGACAUCUGUCACAUCUCAUCCCCAUGGAGAUGUGCAGCCUGGCCUCCAUGAGACCCUGGCUCCCACAGCACCUGGCCAACCUGACCAUCACCAACCGCCAAGUGUGGAGGAUGGAGGUCCUUCUGUCAUCAAAGAGGUUGCCGAGGAUGGAGCUACCAAUCAGCUUCCUCCAGGAGAGGGCUCUGGAGAGCAGGACUUCACCUUUGAAACAUCUGGGGAGAACACAGCUGUGUCUGCAGUAGAGCCUGGCCUGCGGAAUCAGCCCCCGGUGGAUGAAGGAGCCACAGGUGCUUCUCAGGGCCUUUUGGACAGGAAGGAAGUCCUGGGAGGUGUCAUUGCUGGAGGCCUGGUGGGUCUCAUCUUUGCUGUGUGCCUGGUGGCUUUCAUGCUGUACCGGAUGAAGAAGAAGGACGAAGGCAGCUACUCCUUGGAGGAGCCCAAACAAGCCAAUGGCGGUGCCUACCAGAAACCCACCAAGCAAGAGGAGUUCUACGCCUGAUGGGGAAAUAGUUCUUCCCCCACAACCCCUGCCACUCACUGGGCUCCCACUUGCCUCUUCUGUGAAAAACUUCAAGCCCUGGCCUCCCCACCGCUGUGCCAUCUCCUCUGCACCCAGACCCUUCCAGCUGUUCCAGCCCGAGUGGUCCCAGGGUGUUCUGGGAAUUCAUUCUCUUUUGACUUCUGCCUAGAAGCUUGGGUGCAGAGGGUUUCUUGCAUCUGAUCUUUCUACCACAGCUACACCUGCUGUCCACUCUUCUGACUCGGUUUCUCCAAAUAGAGGAGACUCAGCUCUGGACAGAAAGGGGACCCAACUGCUUUGGACCUAGUUGGCCUAUUGUGGCUGGAGGAUCCUGGGGACAGGAGAGGGGCUUCGGCCGACACGCCAUAGCACUUACCCAUAGAGACCGCUAGGGUUGGCCGUGCUGUGGUAGGGGAUGGAGUCCAGGGCUCCUUGGAAUUCACUUCUCAUUGUGGGGAGGUCUACUUUAGACAACUUGGUUUUGCACAUAUUUCCUCUAAUUUCUCUGUUCGAGCCCCAGCAGACCUUACUUCUGGGGUAAGGCAAGUCAGUUGACUGGUGUCCCUCACCUCGCUUCCCUAAUCUACAUUCGGGAGACCACAUCGGGGUUAAUAAGACUUUUUUUUUGUUUUUGUUUUCAUUUUUUUAACCUAGAAGAACCAAAUCCGGACGCCAAAACGUAGGCUUAGUUUGUGUGUUGUCUCUGAGUUUGUCGCUCAUGCGUGCAACAGGGUAUGGACUAUCUGUAUGCUGCCCCAGUUUUGGUGGCCCAUAAGUAGGCUGGCUAGUCCAGGAUGCCAUGGAGAAGCCACCUCUUCACCAGUCAUGCCUGUGUGCAUGGACUCAGGGCCACAGUCUUGGCCUAGGCCACUGUGACAUUGGAAGAGCCUGUGUGAGAACUUAUUCCUAGGUCACAGUCUAGGGGGGAGGGGAGGAGACUUUAGAGUUUUGGGGGAGGGGUGGUAAGGGUACCCAAGACUCUCCCGCCUUUGAUACCAUCUCUGGUCACCCUUUCUCCUGGAUGUUGACAAGACACAUCCUGAGUAUGGCUGGUACUGGCUCCUCCACUGAGAACCAAGUUCACCUUCAGCUCCUGUGGCCCUGUCCCCAGGCUGGAGUCAAAAAUGUUUCCCAAAGAGUGAGAGUCUUUUGCUUUUGGCAAAACGCUACUUAAUCCAAUGGGUUCUGUACAGUAGAUUUUGCAGAUGUAAUAAACUUUAAUAUAAAGGAGUCCUAUGAACUCUACUGCUUCUGCUUCUUCUCUGGGCUGGUGGUGACAUAGCCAGCCUUUGCCCAAACCCUGGUAGCUCCGAGAAGCUUAGAUCAAGGCUAUACGCCUCCAGUCCUCCGAGGGGUAGGAUCCAGGGUUCCUCUGAUUUGUUGUUUUGUUUUGUUGUGUUUUUCUUUUGACUAAACUUCUUUUGGAAGUUGAUAGUUUCAGCCAAGGUUUAACAGGACCUGAUGUCUGUUCUUCUAAGUGGUUUAAGUAAUUGGGACUCUGGCACAUCUUGACCUGGGGUCACUAGAACUAAGCUUGCUUUGCAGAGCAGACACCUAGGGCAGCCUUCCUCCCUCAUGUUUGAUGGGACACUUCUGAGAAUUCCUUGCUUGCUUAGUUCAAUGAUGUUCCAGCUGCUGGCUAGGCUGCUCAGUGGCUCAGCUAGACAAAAGACCUGUGUGCCCCGUGUCUCAUCUCAGAACUUAUUGCCAGAUCGGAUGGCUGGAUGUGAUGGUGAGUGGGGGUGGGGUCUGAUCUGAGACAGGACUCAACUGAGGGCUUGCGAUACAGUGUCCAAGCCUCAGGCUGGGCCCAUUCAUAUAAUUGCAAUAAACGGUACGUGUCCGUUUGGACAGCAGACA